AUGGAAGAAAGGUCAGUGACGGACCCCCGAGAUGGAAAGCGAGUUGCCCUCAAAAAAAUGCCCAAUGUCUUCCAAAACCUUGUUUCUUGCAAGAGAGUAUUUCGGGAGCUGAAGAUGCUAUGUUUCUUCAAACAUGAAAACGUUCUCUCUGCUCUGGACAUACUACAACCUCCUCACAUUGACUACUUUGAAGAAAUCUAUGUGGUGACUGAACUGAUGCAAAGUGACCUCCAUAAGAUCAUUGUAUCACCACAGCCUCUGAGCUCAGACCACGCCAAAGUUUUUCUUUAUCAGAUUCUACGAGGACUUAAAUACCUUCAUUCUGCUGGCAUUCUACACCGAGACAUCAAGCCUGGCAACCUCCUGGUCAACAGCAACUGUGUGCUCAAGAUCUGUGACUUUGGUCUGGCCCGAGUGGAGGAGUCAGACGAGUCACGACACAUGACUCAGGAAGUGGUGACACAAUACUACCGAGCUCCUGAGAUCCUCAUGGGGAGCCGCCACUACUCCAACUCAAUUGAUAUCUGGUCUGUGGGCUGCAUCUUCGCUGAACUUCUGGGGCGACGCAUCCUCUUCCAAGCCCAAAGUCCCAUUCAGCAGCUGGAUUUAAUCACUGACCUGUUGGGGACACCCUCUAUGGAAGCCAUGAGGACAGCUUGUGAAGGUGCUCGUGCUCACAUUCUCAGAGGACCACAUAAACAGCCAUCCCUUCCUGUUCUUUACACACUGUCUAGCCAAGCAACCCAUGAAGCUGUCCAUCUCCUCUGUCGGAUGCUGGUGUUUGAUCCGUCGAAGAGGAUUUCAGCAAAGGAUGCCCUGGCUCACCCGUACCUGGACGAGGGUCGACUGCGCUACCACACAUGCAUGUGCAAAUGCUGCUACACCACAUCCUCUGGCCGGGUUUACACCAGUGACUUUGAGCCUGUCACUAAUCCCAAGUUUGAUGAUGGCUUUGAGAAGAAUCUGAGCUCUGUGAGACAUGUCAAAGAAAUCAUCCAUCAGUUCAUUUUGGAACAGCAAAAGGGGAGUCGAGUGCCACUCUGCAUUAACCCUCAAUCAGCUGCUUUCAAAAGCUUUAUCAGUUCCACAGUGGCUCAGCCCUCUGAAAUGCCUCCGUCUCCGCUGGUGUGGGAAUAGCUGCUGCUGUAUGUCAUCAUCUCUCCCUGACUGACACGCUGCUAAACUGGGAACAAGAAUGCGUCUCAACGUCUUCUUUCAUCUGCGUAGCAUUACACUGGAGAGCAGGACUCACAGGUCUGCUGUGUGUAUGCUGAAAUCUGACACAAAUGAAGAGAAAUCCACUGAUAAUGGCUUUAUGGGGGUGUUUUCGAGGGGUUUGGUAUGCAAAUGAAUGAGACAAAUGCUCUGUAGACCAAAUCUGAAUGUUUUAAACAAACUCAUCUGGUUACUUCCUGGUGGAUACCAUUUAACAGUUAUUGUACAUUUGUUUUGUCAUAUAUAUAUCUUAAUAUAAAUUAAAUAUAUAUAUAUGUCUAUUUUAAAACUUCUGUUAUCACAAACUGAUUAUUUCCCAUGCAAUCAGGCUACACUGCUAUUAUGCCCACCUUCAACUCUGCACUGGUAAAUUAAAUCCAACUUUGCUUUAGAUUCAGACAAUCGAUUGUAAUUGUGUUGGCAGGAUCAAUCUAUUUCUAACCGAAAGCUCCAUGUGCUCAGGGGCACACUGAUAGUUAAACUUAUUAAAAAUGAGUUAUUGCAGUCUUGUUCCCUUGUAUUUCCCUGUGCUCCCCUUCACAUUUGGCCAUAGUUUUCAUUUAUGUAACAAUUCAUUUGCCAAAGAUCAGGAGCCUCAUGUAUAAAUGAUUCAUAAAUAUUAAGAUUGUCAGCAAAUUUGCAAGGUUUUUAACUUGAUAAAAUGUUAUCUGUUUGCACAUUUUCUGAAUCAUGCUCAGUCAUGAGUCUGGAUGGAGGGACAGGCCGCAUUUGAGGGGUUCAUUGUGUUUGAAACAAACUAGUUUGUACAGCGUGUCCUUUGAUCAGGCAAAGGUGUCGCUACCAGUUCCAAAGGGCUUCACUUGAAGGCAGCCUGCGUCAUAGCCUCCACCUAACUGAGUCACACUGCCUCGCCUGUUCUGUUUCCAAUGACUCCUCUUCCUGACACACAGCCAGCGAGGGGACUCUGCUGGAUGAAGUAUGAAAAAGUGUCCAGAUACACAAGCACCAACAUUUAGGGAGCCUAUGGAGCAAACCUCAGCAACUGCUUGCUGUUGCUCUAAAAAUGGAUUGGAGGUGUGCAAAGCUUUGCCAAAAUACAGCCAGGGUGAGUGUUUUUUUAGACAAAUGACACAUGGUUAGCCUGUUGGCUGACACAUAUAGCAGGUUAGGACAUCCUUGUCGGGAAACAAUAAAACGCUGCUCACUCGUUGGCAUUAGGUCCAGCUGGGAGAGGGUGUUAUGUGUGUCUUUGCUGUUAUGACCUGAAGUUCUAAGAAUUAUUGGAUACAGCCCGCCUACAGUUUUGCUGUGGGAAGGUUGUGGUGAGAGGUUCAGACACUAUCAGAUGAUCCGACAAGCACCAAGUAUCAAGAAGCAAACCCUCUAGACAUUAACUAUUACAACUUUAGAAGUUCUUCUGCCCUCUGCUGGCCAAAAGUGGAUAUAUCAAUUUUUAAAGAGGUGCAGCAGUGAUUGAAUGACAAACAGUAUACAUUAAUAUCAUGCAUAAUUUGCAUUAUUACUUCUGACUUAUGUUUGUACUUAUUGCAAGCAUGGUGAAAUGUAAGAGGCACAUAACCACUUGAGAUCUUACCCAUCUUUUUUUCCUUGUCUCUCUUAUCACAGUUAGUCAUCUGUUCACGGUGGUAUCUCUCCAUGUAGAAUGCACAGUUAAUCAGUCUGCAGAGCUUCUGUCAUUUACCUAUUCACCCACAACAUGGCACUUUUGUCUAUUCAUAUAAAAUAGACUGGAGGGGAAGCAAACAAAUAAAUGCUUAUUGCAGCCUUGGACAAUAUUAACUUUAAUGGUUAAAGAGGGUGAGAGUGUACGCAAAUCCACAAAUGUGCGUCAUCUUAGAAACAGGACGUAAGGAAUGUAGUUAUUGUUUCGAUAUAUGUGAAGUUUUACAUAUAUAUAAUGUAUGUAUUAGAGUGAGUAUGCAAGUAUAUGCAUUUUGCGCAUGAUUUCAGUGAUGAAUGUAUGCAGGUGUUUAUACAUGAGGCCCCUCAAUAUUUGCUCAUAGAUAUUGGUAAUAUUAAGUUGAGGCUGUCCCAAUAUGUGAGGCUUUCUCGGCCAGAAGUUGUGGAGCGGGUCAGGUAUCCCCUGAAAAAGGCCAACAGCAGCUUUAUUCUCUGUGGAAUAAUGAAACAGAGCAGCUCACAGUAGUCAGCAGACUGGCAUCCUGUUGCUGUGCUGAUUUAGAUGGAAUCUACUUGGGUUUAGGUAAAACAAGUUUUGUUGUUAAGACAACUGGGUCUUGAUGGUGCGGCUUUGUUUGCUCACUUGCAUGUUACAUGAGGAACAGCUAGAUCUUUCUGUGAAAAGCAGACAUUUUGAAAGGGAUCAGACUAAAAUGAUCUGCAUAAAACACCCUACCUCCAAACAAGAUGAAAUAACUCAUCCGACUUAACAAAGCCUACAGUGACCAUGCUCCUCCCACCACCUCCUCUAAUCAGCCACAGCACUAGUUCUGCUACAAUUCACAUUAAUAUUAAUGUAUGGCUAAACUUUGUUUUGUUUUUUAUGAAUGAUGAAUGUGUGUUGUCUACUUGUGUGCCUCCUAACUUCACUGCAUGGACAGUAAGGUAACUAUUAACACAAAGUUUUACCCCAAAGAGUAGGAGGAGAAAGAUUCAGGAAAAAAACAAAGACUAUUCAAACUGAAAUUAAAUAUGUCGGCUUUCCAGUGUUCCCUCGUGACCUUUGCUGAGUUGCUCUCUGCACUUACAUGGAAUUGAAUAAUAACCUCUACAGCCUGUUGGCUUUUCUAGUAUUAGAGAAAAACAAUGUUUUUCCACAACAAUAUUUGUAGCGUGAGCCAUCCUCCCUGUGGUUUAUGAGAAUUCUUUACCCAACAGAUUGAUUGUGGAGCGUAAUGUUGGCCAGUGGUCAUAAGAUUUGUUCACUUGCAUAAUUAUUGCUGUGUCUAACUUAAGUUGGGCAGGGAACAUUUGUUGUGUUUCUCUUCACAGCCUCACCACAACAUUGAUUGGGCAACCAUAAGCAAUCAGCCAUGGUUAGACAAAUCCACUCAUAAGCUGCAUUAGUUUAACCACUUAUUUGGAUGUCAACACCAAGGAAAUUGUCCCAGGUCUCUUCCACAUCUACAGCUGGGAAACAUGAGGUUUUCUAUUCAGUCUAGAUAUACUUCCCACUUUGACCUGCUAUGGCCACUGUAGUUGCUCACAUACAUUUCUGAUGGCUCGCUGGCUUCGAUUCUCAGAUAAGUGGUUAGUUAACUGGAUUUAACUGGGGGUUUGCUCCAAACCUAUCUGGUUGUCUGGUCAGUCUUUUUUUGAUCAAGGCCUUUAAAAAAAACAAUCAAUGUAUAAUCAGUCAGUCAAACAUUUAAAAAAAGCAUACCAUACAACAUCUGAUGCAACAUUUCUUCUUCCUUACAACUGUCACCUCCCAAAAGAACAAAAAGGCAGACACUGGUAAAUGAACAUGUUCAAUAUUACAAAUUAAGAAAGCAGACAUUAAGUACAUUAUUGUUUCAGUUUUUCCAAAAAACAAACAAGUUGACAUGGAGUAUAGAUUUUGAAAAUUGAUCUCUUGAUAGAACACCAAAUCCUCUUGAAUUGAGCAUGUUUAUUCUCACACAGUGACUCAAUGUUAGAGAGAAAUGUAAGAAUUCUUCUGGCAAGGAUCUAACACAAAGUAACAGUUUAGUCUUUGAGCCCUGCUUCAGAUAGCCAUCCUUGAGACCAUUUCAAACAGUGCAAUGAAUGAACGCGGCAUCGUUCACAAAUAUUAAGAAGGUCUCGGUUUCCAAAAGUUUUUUUCAUGUGGAACAUAUAUAAUACAUGCUUAGCAGAGCAGUUGGGUCAUAUCAGCUGCAGUCACAGUCAAGAUAUGUUUAUAGGUGCACAAUCUAACUUUGGACCAAUAAAGUCAAUGUACAGUUUUUAAUAGAUCAAUUGGUAUUUGUAGACAAGUGGAGAAGGAUUACAUUUUCUGUUAUGUUUUUUCACCAGUUCUCAUCUAAAGUGUGUAUUUCUUUUGAAGUCAAUUUGAUUAUUCAUUCUGUUAUUGGUUGUGAAGGGUUAAAGCUAUAAGUCUUUUGUGUGUGUGGUCCACAUGUUCAGUGUUAGGGAUGAUGGCCCACACUAUGAGAAUCAGACCCAGGUUGUAAAGAAACCCUUGAAAUACAACGGAAGCAUAGAAACAGCGUGGCUGUUCUACUACAGCCACGACCCAGUCUUCCCAGGUCUGUUGUGCUUGUUCUUCUUUGGACUGUAAGGACAAAUGGGAAACUGUCAUUGUGUUAUGAACAAACAAUGAAAACGUACCAAGGUAAAGAAGCAGAUUAACCAGCAAUAUCAUUCUUUAAGGGUGUUUAUUCUUUGUUCUGUCUACUUGAAUAUCUCACCACGUACUAUUGAAGGACUUUUUCGUCAUGGAUGCAUUCAAGCAGCUCAUCAUAGAAUGGAAACAAGUAGCAUAUGAAUGAUGUAUAAAUGAUAGUCUCACCUAUAUGUUUUUUUAAAUGGUAAUCUAGUGCUAAAGUGUGCUCCCACUCCUCAUACAUGUACACUAUCUCCAGAAAAGAGCUUUGAAGUAAAUUAUUUAAUAUAUUUUUAGAAUUGUUUUCUAUCCCUGCUCUUGUGUUCUAUAGCAUGCAUUCUUCUCACACCUCAAAGUCUGGUUAUGUAUAUAUGUGAAAUAGAGAGGCAAAUCUACACAGCAACCUAAAACAAAAAACCACUGUAUAGAAAUUGUAUUAGCCUGCACAUUUCUAAGGCUGUGAAGUUCAUUUUAUUUUUAAAACUUGCAUACAAAUGUAUAUAUUUUUCUUGAUUUUUACCCUGCAAUUGGGAUCGUUGGAGGACAGCAAAUCCUGCAACGAUUCACAGAAUACACGGUCAGUUAACUGUAUCUUGUGUGUACAGCAGAGUUGUAGAUAUAUCUAAGGGGAAGCCUUUCUUUGUUUUUGUUGGUAAUCAUUUCAUCACAGCAGCACUGUGUGAAUAUUUACAUAAAUGAUUCACCGUGUUAGUCUCUACCUCUUGAGCUUAAUAACUUGGCUUUGUUUACCUCCACACCUUUCUGAUCUAACGUGGGGAUGAAUUGAAAACACUUGAAUGUCUAUUCAAGCUUUUAUACUGAAAAACCAACAUCUACUACCCCACCCCCUCCGCCCUCCCAAAAAUGCAAAGCAUUCACCUGAAAUUUUGAUUCAUCAGAUGUUUGUAACACAAAGUACUACCAAUAGACUGUUAGUCAAUUUUCACUCUUUGAUAGUUCAGGAGCAUUUGGGCAGGGAGAGUCACUACUGUCACCACAGUGACUGUGUUCAAAGCUCUGUGUCAACAGCUCCAUUUGAUUCAAGAUGACUUUUUAGUGUUUCAGCCUCUUUUCACUGAGAAUUACACUUGUGUUUCAAUGGUUCUUUGCAGGCUGUGUGAUAUGGGGGUUCAAUAGCGUUUUAUCAAAACAGAAUGCAGUGUUGAAUUUAAUUAUUAAAUUGCCUUAUUGAAUUGAGUUUAGAUUUGACUUUCAACAUUAGCAAGUAACUAAAGUUCCAAAUAAUAGAAAAACUGAAUUUAAAUUUCUUCAAUCACUUUUUGUUUUGCUUAAAAUAUUGGUUUGUGAAACAGAAUGAGGAAAUAGAAGUUCAGUAAAAGAUUCAUUAGUGAUUCCUGAUAUUUCCAAACUGUGAACCAGAUCUGAUCUGGAACUGCAUAUUAGAAUCCAGCCCUUAUAUUAAAAACAUUUGUUUCUUGAGUUUUGAUUGGGUACAGGGUUGAUGUUCAGAGUUAUAUUCUUCCAGUGUUGACAAAGACAGUGCCAACGCAAUUGAACAAACAUUUGCUCAGAGACCUUGUUGCACUGCAACCUCAGACACCCAAAUAAAAAAUCGACAAAACAUAAUAAAGAAAACAGCGUCCCCAUUUUCAUACGACGCAGAAGCAUUUAGAAAAAAGGCAAACACAAGCAAACUUAGAAACCUUUUAGUUAUUUUGAAACCACUUGCAUGCAUGUACCACCAAGAAACACUGCAAAUACAGAAAAUACUGAGAAAACAGAGAAACACUGCUGGCUCAACACAAGAGAAAAUAAUAGUUAUACCACUAGUGUAAUACCAUAUUCACUUCAUUGUGGGAAACAUCUUUUGCUGCCUCAGAUGUAUGCACUGUGAGGAAGCUUAAAUUAGUUUAAUUUUGACCUCAGCUGCUAAUGUCUGAAGGCUGCUGUGGUGAUUCAAGAUUGGAAAUAUGUACACAAGGAAAGUUCCUUAAUGUUAACUAUACAAUAACAAAUCAUGAUGUAUUGAGAGCAAACUAAAAGUCUUUGCUAGCCUUUAGAUUCAACCACCAGUCAUUUCACCUGUAAUAUAGAGCAGAUAACAGAACAGAUCUAUAAAUCCAGCAUAUUUAAAGUCAGAGCGCCUUGACUGCAAUCAGGUUGAUUCCACCCAGCGAACUUUGUUCCCUGUUAUACUCCUCUCUGCCUCCCCAUUUCCAGGCUGCAUCGGUCCAAUAAAGCCCC